UACAUAUAGUGUAUGUAUGGUCUGUGAAAAUUAGGACAACUUAGGGAGAUGGUCAAUGUAGGGAGAUGGUCAACUAUGAUGGUUUUACUGUAGUUUUUUCCCCAUGCCAUCACUCUGCUGAACACUUAAUUCCUACAGCACUGUCUCAUUUCUCCUCUGUCUAAUCUUCUAGUCUUUCUUAUUAUCUUCUCCUAUUGGAGAAUAUUUAUCCAUUGUUGUUUGUAAUUUAUGAUUAAUGAUUGUAACUGUGAUUUAUAACCUAUGACCUAUUACUUGCUGUUUAUAUGUACAAUGUGAACUUCUGCACCGGAGACAAAUUCCUUGUGUGUCCAAUCACACUUGGCCAAUAAAGAAUUCUGUUCUAUCCUGUUCUUAAUAAACAUAGCAUGCAAAAACAAAGCUGGAAUUUCAACCCUUCAUGGAUAGAAGGCACCAAUUUUGCUGAGUGUGUCAUGAGAUAAUUGCAUUAUUUUAAUAAGGGAAAUGCUGGACUUGCAAAGCUGAUGUGUACAAGCAACCUCUACCAUGACAUGCAUUUUUGUGGUUUUAAUGAUUAUGGCAUUAAAAAUAACAAACACAAUAAUUUCUUCCCUUUUGUUCAUCUAGAUUAUAAUUUAAUUAUUAGAUUUUUAUCCCACCCUUAAUUAUUUUAUAAAUAACUCAAAGCAGCAAAUAUGCCUCACAUUCCUUCUUCCUCCUAUUUUCCCCAGAACAACACUUUGGGAGAAGGAUUGAGCUGAGACAGAGUGACUGGCCCAAAAUCACCCAGCCGGCUUUUGUGCCUAAGGCAGGAUUAGAACCCACUUCUCCUGGUUUAAACACUUUCUAAAAGUACAGCUGAAAAGAAUUUGAAUUAUAAAGCAGCACUAGACAAAACAGUUAUUUGAACUUGUUAAAAAGCACCACCAUAAGCCUCUUUGUACUCUCUUUCAUUCCUUCUAUCUAUUCAGCAGUUUAUUUGAGUCUUAUAUUCAAUAUGUAAGUUGGGCGUAGGUGUGUGUAUACGGGGUGUAUGUGUACGUACAUUUGUGAUAUGUGUGUGUAUCAUCAUUCGUCAUCAUUUUAGCCAUUGUCUCUCCACUCCAGGAUGAAGUGAAACGUCUUCAAAGAAAAAAGCACUUUUGGGACCACCAUACCUGGAUAACCGAGAAUCUCCAUAGAUAUUCAGCUUCAUAAAAUCAGCUCUUCAAUAAGAAUUCAGAUGACGGAUUCAGAUCCUCAGUCGCAUAUUCUAUGAAUGUGUCUGAAGAGAACUGAGGCUAUGGUGACCGAAAGUGAAAUAGAGAAGAAUCCAUUUACUGACAAUAUUACCCUCUUAGCCGAAAAGCUGAAACAAAUCUCCUUGGAUUGUCCUGGCCAGUUCAAUAUUCACUCGUUGAAGAUCUCUUCUCAAUUUGGUUGUCUCAGACAGCAUUCUUUGACCAACUCUCACCAAGUAAUCCAUAUCCAAAGUUUGAAUUAUGCUCCUGAACGGUCAGAGAAGACAAUGAUAAAAAUUCAGAUGCCUGGAAUCCAAAUGCCAAUUGGUGAUCCACUGCCUAUUCCAAUCCCCAAGCUUUCAAUAGGUCCUUUGUCAGACAUAUCAAGAGAAAAAUGCAAGCAGUCUGCCAUAAGAUCUAAAGGUGCUACUAUUGAGUCAGAGAAGAAAGAAGCAUUUCUAUUUUAUGUUCUUUCUGUUGUCAUGUUACCACUCACUGGAUCUGAAGGCAGAAAAAUCUUGGAGAGAAACACAGAUCUUGGAAGAAACUGGACAUCUCAAUCUUCCUGCCUCCCAAUUAUUCCAUUGUAUGUUCAGAAACAUUGCUAAAAAUGAAGGCAGAGAUGCUACCUUCUCUUUCCAGAAUCGACUAAUCUCAAGCAAAGCAUAAGCACAAGAGUAGCCACCUUUUAUUGCCCUGCUAACUUACAAGCCACCAUCUAUGAUGUAGGUUUAGCAUUCUUUCGUGUGCAGAAGAUCUGAAAAAGCCAGAUUAUGUAGCUGGAGUGUAAGAAAUUAAGCUAGAUAUACUAAAAAAUUAGAUCAGAUACAUAAAAUCUAUUAGGCAUUACUGAGAAGUAAGAUGUGCUGUGUAAGCAAUAAAAAGUAAUAUUGCAAUCAAA